GCUUCUUGAUUUCAUUCUAAGCUUCUAUUGCUUACUUGUUUCUACAGCUAGUAACUUUUGCGUAUCAGUUAUCGUUUAUGUUUGUAAUCAUUUUAUUUUAUUUUUUAUAAUCGAAUUAAGAUAUAUAAUUCUUUUACGUGUGCUAAAAUACUCUUAAGUUUUUAUUCUUAGUUGUUGUUGAAGUAAUUAACAAACACCUAAUUAGGUUUUUGCUAGUUCAACUGUACUCGUUCCGUUCAGUGUAACUGUAGAACAAUAAAGAUGUCCGGAUAUCCAUAUGGAGGCAACCCUCCCCAAUAUCCUCCCCCCCAAAAUCAGAUGUAUCCUCAAAUAUAUAAUCCUGCCAAUCCUCCACCCCCUGGUCACCCUAAUCAUGCUGCACCAGGGUAUCCUUCUGGUCAAAACCCUCAAUUUCCUUACCAGUCAGGUUUUGCUGUUUACCCGACUCAACAGUUUCCUCCGAGACAAGCUCCUCCGGCAGCCAUGUCAUACCCAGGUGGUCCGACGGCUCCACCUUCAUAUGGAUAUACAGGAUACCCGACAGUAACUCCGCAGCCAGGUUACGAACCUGCAAUUGAAUGGAUUCCAUCUACACCCAUGGAUGCUCACAAUCUAAGCAACAGAGCAGUUGUCGCCGGCUAUGAGGGUUAUGACCAUAGUCCGCUCUGGGUAAUUAGAGCCAAGUAUGAAGGUGACGUGAUUCCAGGUAAACUAGCUAUCCAACACAAAGCUGCAUAUGUGCCUUGGGGUGGAAAUGAAAACAGCGUACAAAACUUUGAGGUUUGCUGUGCACGUCCAGAGAAAAUUCAUUGGGUAGAAGUCAGAGAUGGUAUAAUACCACCAAAUGCAGUUAUUGGUGGCAAUACUUUAUCUGGUGAACCUCUUUACAUCGGUAGAGCACGGGAACAAGGAUCUUUGACUCCUGGAAAAGUCCAUCCAAGCCACAAUGUUAUGUACAUGUCGUUUGCUGGUAAAGAAAUACCCCACAAAGUAUAUGAAAUAUUGUGCACAGUUUAGAAUCUGUUGUUUGUAUACUUUGCAUAAAUGUAUUUAACUUUCUGUAUAUGAUUGUUAUUUACUUACAGAAAAAUAACCAAAUCGUUUGAUUA